AUGCAGCUUCUCGGUGCUUCCGCGCUGGCGUUUGUGGCCUUCCAGGGCUCGGUGCAGGCCGCCAUUACGUGCACCACCACGGCGGACUGCGCCUGGGGCGAGACCUGCGUGGCUGGAGACGCGGACACGUCCGUGCAGGCCUGUGUGGCCCCCACGGUGUGCGGGGGCUCCUCCAUGGGCAACUGCCCGGCAGACGACAGCGGCAAGCUCGCGUGCGUGUGGAGGCCGUUCGACGACUGCAGCGCAGGCUGCGCCAUCCUUAACGGCAACAAGGGCAUCUACAAGUGUGUGUCCAUUUCGAGGUGUGACGCGUACUACGGAGGGUCCUUCUGCAGCGACGGCUGCACUGUGAACGGAGUGCGAUGCAAUGGCCAGGGCUCGUGCAACAUGAUGUCGACGAACGCCGACGGAACGCCGAGCUUCGGCUGUACGUGCGACAACGGCUACAGCGGCUCCAAGUGCGAGAUCGCUCCUGGCUCGACGGUGUCGAACUCUUCUUCCGCCACCACCGACGACGAAGACGACGACGACUCGUUCUUUGGAUCGCUGGCCAACGGAGACGACUCGGCUUCGGACAAGGCCGACAAGUCCACGGACGACUCUGCUGCGGACGCCACUUCGGACGACGCGUCCCAGGAGGAGGAGUCGACUGCUGCGUCUAAGGAGAACUCGACCACUCAAUCGUCCAAGAAGGAGGAGGACUCGUCGGCCGAUAACGACGUGGGCCUCUCCAACUCAUCGUCGUCGUCGGGCGAAGUGGCCAACAGCGCGUCGGUGUCCAGCUCGUCUCGUGGCGGCAUCCGCGCCGGCGUCCUGAUCCUCGUCCUCGUGAUGGCCGCCUUCUUCCUGAUCGGCACGGUCCUGCUGGUCGCCUACUCCCGCCGGAGGAAGCAGCAGGAAGAGGAGGAGUACGCCAGCGCUCUCGCCUCGUCGCGCGGCGUCGGCGCUGUGGGCGCGCGGGACCUGGUUGCCGGACACACCGGCCGCACCCCGCGAUCACACAUCGCCACGAUGUAA